AUGACGAAGAGUAUAACCAGGACAGCACCCUUCAGCUACUCCCUCGAGCUGCUGAACUCCUCGCUCGUUUACAGUGGUGGUACGAACCUGGCGCCAAAGACACUUUGCUGCCAUGACUCUACUGGCACCGUGCGACGCCUGCUUAUCGGCAGGGAAUCGUUUGAGGGUGUUCGCUACUGGUUGCAGCUCCACUACCGACGGCUCUACGUUGCUAAGGCAGCUCGUCUUUGGAAGCCGCGGAGACGACCCGAGGACUGCGCUGUGGGCCUGGACCUUCCUGCUCCAGCCCCUUCGGUCGAGUACGCUUUUCGCGGCCACAAGUUGCUCUUCGAGGCGGCCGGCUCCAACCGCAACCUUACCUUGGCUUCUUUGGCUGCUGGUGCUAGUAACUGGCACUUCAACGCGGGAGGGGGCUUUGAACCUACGCACGAAAGACAGUUCUGUGCCUGCGGCAAGAAGCAACCCUCCCGUCCGCACCUCUGUUGGGCGUGUGAGCACUUCGCCCCCCUCAGAGGUGACUUGUCUCCUCCUCGUGACCGCGGAGCCGAAAGACUGUUUGCUUUACUCUCUGGACGACUUCCACCGCCUCCCGUGGUGGAUAAAGCUUCAUUCGAGGAGGACCUAGCAGAGGCAGUGUUGAAGCACUGCAAUGACUCCGUCCUCUACCUGGCCACGGACGGCUCCAGCAAACACGCUGUCGGAGCCAUGGGCUUCGCGGUGCAGCGGCCCACUGCGACGUUCGCCUUCGGUGAUGACCUUGAGGAUCAGGAGCCUUACCGACUAGAGGUCACGGCUAUCGGCUACAUGCUCAAAGCCUUGCUCACAGCGGUGACCAGUAGUGGCUUCAACCUCACGUUCGUCAUCGCAGAGAUUCGUGCCCUUCGCCAACAGCUUCGUGACCGUGGAGUCAGUGUGGAGCUGCUGUGGACGCCUUCGCACGGAAAGAAAGCCUCGUGGCAACCACCGGCAGGACACUGUGCAUUGCGACUUCGGGCUUUGAACACUGCGGCGGAUGAGGCCGCUGGUGCCUGCAUGGCGCGACGGCUUCGCUGCUCCAGCCGCCUUGAGUGGGCCCGCCGGGUCCAGAACAACACCGAGUGGGAGGUGAAGGCGAUCGAAGCUGCCGCUUCUAUCGCGACGGCUUACCAUAGCUACCUCCGAGCAAAAGGGUUGGUCCGGGCCGACAAGGCCAAGCUCCCCGACAUCCUGCGACGCAGCGGGACGGAAGGUGUCUUUAUCGAGCCCAGCCGACAGGAUAUGAGUACUCGCGUGGAGUGGCUUGCCACCACUAAGGAGGAAAGCCACCUUGACUACCUGGAACGGGCCUGCCGGGGGAAAGGUGACCUGGGCCUGGACGCGGUGAUCACUAAGUUCACCCGCAACCGACAGGGCAAGACCUUCCACUUUAAGGCCGUGGCCCAGUUCGAGGCGGUUAAGGACAUCCUCCCGAUUAUCGCCACCUACGAUGGGCACGGCAAGCUCAAGCAGAGGAGUCUCCGUCCGGAGGCCGUUCCACAUGUCGAGCCCCCGGCUUUCUUCCCCCACCAGGCGGUUGUCACUGAGCCACCAGUUGAGACAAAUGAAAGCGGCAAGGAGGUCCCGGUAGCUAAGCGACAGCGUGCUCAGGAGACACAUCGCACAGUUCCCAAAGACCUCACUUUGACUGCGAUGCCUCGUGACGGCAAUUGUGUCUUUAGCACGCUUGCUGCCGGCCUCAAGUGGGCCACGGCUGGAGCCAAGUCACCGAUCAACCUCUCGGCCCGCGAGCUUAGGGCACGCAUCCUGGAGCACUUCCGAAAGCAUUCGGACCAUUAUGAAGCCCUUCAUGACGGGACUGAUCCGGUCUCCCCUGAGGCAACCUGCACAUGGGCGGCCUACCUGGACAAGAUGGAGAAAGCCGGGACGUAUGGGUCAGCCCUUGAGGUGAAAGCCUUCUCCCGACUUUUCAAUUGCCGUGUCAUCAUAAUUCCAGAAUUUGCUGCCGUGCCGUGCGAGUCGUUCCACUCGCAAGCCAAGGAACGCAUUGUUGUGGGAUGGUUGUCAGGGGAUCCUGUCUCCCAUAUGGAUUUAUUUGCUGCCCCAAGCUAUGCCUAUCGCGCGGGAGGCAAAGCCUCCUCGGCCGCAGGUUCGGUGUUCACUACAGCCACGGUGUGGACGAAGUCGGCUGACUCAGCAGCCGCGGCCUCUCAGGCCGGCACCGUCUGGCAAGCCGAGGAUUGUGACACCAUCGUUGGGGACCUGGCUCAGAUCCGUGAUGAUGGGCCGGUCCAGGUGCGGGCUUUGCACGAUGCCGACUUUGCCCCUUCAAGAUCCCGUGCGCUUGCGAUACCGAUGCGCUUGCCCAGCGGAAGCUUCAGGAGGUGUUUUGGCGGUGCAAAUUUUGCGAUUGGGGCAUUUCCCUUGAAGCUUCCUCCUCAGCUGGCGGUGUGGCGGCGGGUCUCUGACAGAGAGCGGUCGGCCAAGGGCACCAAGACCCGCCACAAGAAAAACGAGGUGGCCACCUGCAACGCUGCAAGGGCGGGGAUCAACAUCCACGACCGCCUGCAUGCUUUCAUGUGUACACACCAGCUUGAGAUUGUUGUCAUCCCUGAAGUCGACAUUCACGAGUACUCUGCGGUUGGUUUCUGCAAUGCCUGGCGGGCCUUUGGUCGCUACGCAGUGCUCUCUCCUCCGGUGGAGGGCAUGUGCAAGGUGGCCAUCGUCAGCAGCAUCCCUUUGAGACCUGCCAUGCUCCCAGUGACAGAGGCCUACGGCCGAUGUGCAACAGCGAUCCUCGACGUGACAAGCCCGACUGGAGGCGUUGAAUCGGUGAUGGUGACCGGCCUCUACCUCCAGGCGGGCGCUGAGCAGCAGGCGGCGGCUCAGGCUGAGGACAUCUUUCAGCAUGCACUGCACAGCGGUUUCAGAUUCAUUGCCAUUGGUGAUUUUAAUCUGACUCAGCAGCACCCGAUCCUUCUGGAAUACGCUCCCUUUGGCCGUCGAGGCCCCAGACGGCGACUUCCCCGUUCUGACCUUAAUACCUCCGAGAUCGCUGCUUUCCUCGACACCUGGGAGUGGGCCCCCUUCCAACAGGCCCUGCAGUCAGGCGCGGUCGACCAGGCAUGGGCUGAGCUCUCCAACGCUGCCGAGGACUGCCUUUGUCAAGUUGACUCUCGGGCUACACCGCGUGCUUCUGAGUGGCUUCCCUCUGAGCCGAUCCCGGCCCAACCUGGCAAAAGCCCCGUUCGCUCCCCUGGGCUGCGAGCUUUGCUCAAACUCGCCUCCGUGUGGCUGAACAUCGUCCUUUCGAUCGACGGCUUCGUGAUCGCAUCACUCGGUCACUUCGCGGAGUCCGUGCCCUGGUCCCGGAGGACUGCGGCCAAGCAAGCUUGGAAGCGACAGACUGGUGACGACAUUGGUGUGGCUAGGGCCUACGUGAAGCGCCGUGCCGAUGAUGUUAUCACACGUGAGAAGGAGCUGGCAGCAGGCCGCCUCCCCACUGAUGGCAGGCACCCUGCGGUGGAAGUGGACGUUCAGGAGCAGCUCUGGAUGGAUAAAUGGGCGGCCAGGUCACACGGAACCGCGGAGGAGAUUGACUCGAUCCUGGCCCAUGUUCCGCAACCUAAGGAGCUCAAUGCCUUUCGAUUUGAGGUCACUGGCCCAAACCUCAAACGCGCGGUGGCUACAAUGCGUAAUAAAUCCCCUGGCCCCGAUGGCUGGGCGGCCACGACCCUGUUGUGGCUCCCUGGCCUCUGGUGGGAGCUUGCUGCGUCGUUGUGGACCCGGUGCCUUGAGCUUGGCCGUUUUCCACGGGCCUGGGCAAGGGGUCGCACCUCUUUGCUGUGGAAAGACAACGGCAAGUCGAGGCCGAUAACGGUCCUGCCCAUCAUGUGGAGGGCGGGGGGCAAGAUCAUUGCCCGUCAGCUCCGUGAUUGGACGAGGUCGUGGCAGCUUGCUUGUGACGUUGGCGGUCUGUCGGGCUGCUCAGUGGCCACUGCACUUGCCCAGGUUCAGAGGGAACUGACUCAAGGAUGCCGAGGCGCAGUCCAACAGGACGUUGCGGGCUUCUUUGAUGCCUUAGGUCAUGACCUUACUGCCAAGGUCCUGACACACCUGCGUGCACCUCCCCAGCUUGUUCGCCUGUUUGAGUUUUCUUGCCAGCACGGACAGCGCUUGUUCUUCUUGAAUGGAGCUCUCGGCUCCACAUGGCGACAUCCUCGGCGAGGGCUGCCGCAAGGUUGCCCACUCUCACCGGUGAUAGCGGCUGCGGUGACACACGCCUGGUGCUGCUUCACCCUCGGCUCCAACAAAGACCUGCUUGACAAGCUUACGGGGUACGGCUACGUGGACGACCGCCUUCUUCUCCUGCGUCCUCGCGGGACCUUUGAGGACUUGAAACGUGCGGUCCUCCGCUCCAACCACUUUGACAAGGUCUUUGCUUUGGAGGUUUCCCUGCCUAAGUGUGCCGUGGUCUCUCCUCCGGGAUGCCAUGCUGCUGGUGCUCUCGCCGCAGAGCUCCAAUAUAAGCACUCCCACGACCUGGAGUCCUUGGGAGUGACGGUGCCCUUGGAGAGCGAGUGGCGUCUCCUCAGGUUCUCCGUGCGCAAGGCUACGCUGAGGCUUCGAGCCUUGCGUGGACUCAAGCUCAGCACCAAGCGGGCACGCCUACUGAUCCUCUCGUUGGUCAUGCCUGCUCUCACUUGGGCCGCGGCCUUCGCUGAGCCUGACCCUCUGGAGGUUCAAGAGCUCUACCACGAGGUCCAGUUCUGCAUGGAGUACACAGCGGGCCAUGGCGCGGCUAAGGUGCUUUUCUUUGAGAACGUCAGUUGGCACCUCGAGCCCCGCUACAGUUUAGACAUGGCGGUUCUUCGCACUCUGUGGCGCCGCAUAACCACCCCUGAGGCCUGGACGGAAGAGUUGGCCAUCACUGAGCUGCAGGAUGGUGCUCUACGACUGCUCCCUCGCGCUUCUGAACUCCUCACUCGUUUGAACUGGUGGUUCGAGUCCCCCGCCAAGGCAGCCCGUCUCUGGAAGCGGUCUAACCGCCCGGAGGACUGUGCCGUUGGCUUGGACCUCCCGUCGCCGGAUCCUUCUGCUGAAUUUGCCUUUCGCGGCCAUAAGUUGCUCUUCGAGGCGGCUGGCUCCAAUCGCAACCUAACUUUGGCGUCGCUGGCGGCUGGUGCUAGCAACUGGCACUUUAACGCUGGAGGGGGCUUUGGGCCCACCCACGAGAGACAGUACUGUGCCUGCGGCAAGAAGUCCCCCUCUCGCCCACACCUCUGCUGGGCGUGUGAGUACUUCGCCCCUCUCCGAGGCGACUUGACUCUUCCGCUCCAUCGCGGAUCCGAGAGAUUGUUCGCUCUACCUUCUGGACGUCUCCCCCCACCGCCGGUGAUGGUCGACAAAGCGUCGUUCGAGGAUGACCUCUCGGAGGCGGUGUCGCUGCACUACAACGCCUCCACCCUCUACCUUGCCACAGACGGCUCCAGCAAACACGCUGUGGGUGCCAUGGGCUUUGCAGUGCAGCAGCCCACGGUCACGCUUGCCUUCGGUGACGACCUCGAGGACCAGGAGUCUUACCGUCUCGAGGUCACUGCCAUCUGCUACAUGCUCAGGGCCCUGCACCCGGCGGUGACAAGCUCCACCUCUGGGCGGCCCUGGUCUUGUGCCAGGGUCUUCUUUGUUGUCGACUGCGAGGCGGCCUUGAAAGCCAUCGAGGCUGGCGGUGGCUUCAACUUGGCGAUUGUCCUGGCGGAGAUUCGUGUACUUCGUCUACAGCUUUGUGGUCAAGGCGUUUCCGUGAAGUUUCUGUGGACACCCUCACACGGGAAAAAACCUUCUUGGAAACCACCCGAAGGACACUGCGCACUUCGGCUCCGGGCCCUGAACACUGCUGCUGACGAGGCUGCUGGUGCCUGCAUGGCAAGACGACUGUGCAAUUCCGGCCGCCUUGCGUGGGCCCGACAAGUCCAAAGCAACACAGAGUGGGAGGUGAAAGCAAUCGAAGCUGCCGCUUCCAUUGCAACGGCCUACCACGACUACCUCACAACCAAAGGCACUCGCCCUCGGGAGCGUGCCGCAGCACCUGGUGGCCCCUGA